AUGGGUCUCAUUGCCAAAGCCGCCUUCUCAUCCCUCAUCGGGACAACGGGUCUCGCAGCUUAUUUGGCUGCCAAAAAUCCCGUCAUCUCGCCCAUUGCGGCAUCGGAUGCCAUCUGGAGCUCGAAACUGUUCAAGAGGUACAAUCCAUCGGCAAACCCAGCAACCCAGGAUGUAUGCAUCAAGCGCAUACCUCUCGACAAGAUCCGACCUGAGCUUCUUAAGAACCCCGGCGAUCUUGCGUUAGAAUACUGUCGCGGCGUUUGGGCCGGCUUCGAAAUUCAGCGUCGCUACCUUCAGUGGAAAUACUACGGCCCUGAAACGAAUACGCAACUAUGGACCAAGCAACAGCUAUCGGAGAGCAAGUAUGAAAAGGGCACAUGCAUUGUCGAUCACUUCGAAGUCGUGGAAAAGACUCCCACGGCGAUCACGGUGCGGUGCGGUGACUCUCCUCGCAACCAGGCUUUACGUGGAAGUGAUGGCCUAUUCAUCAUUGGCGCUGUUGUGGAUCAUACACGUGGCGAAGUUGAGCUUACGCUGAAGAGUUUACUAUUCUCAAGUCAAGGCAAGGUAUUGGGAGUGAAGGGACCAAUGCCAUCCUGGAUGGAAGAGCUGCAUCAGUGGUACGCGCGUAUCUGGUCUGAGACUGGGUCACGGAUAUUGUUGAAAUAG